GGGAGAAGGGGCAGUGGCCCCCCGCCCGCCGGGCCCCCCCGCGGCGGAGGAUGGCCGAAGACUCGCCGAAGCGGCGCAAGGCGAAUUUCAACGAGGCAGAGACGGAGGUGCUGAUCGAGCAGGUGCUGAAACACGAGCAGCUGCUGUUCGCGGCGGGGCCGGGCCGCGCCUCCCCGGGCCAGAAGCGGAAGGUGUGGGAGCUGAUCCGGCACAAGGUGAACCCGGUGGCCGCCUGCCCCCGCGACGUGGAGGAUCUGAAGAAACGCUGGCGGGACCUCAAGCGCCGCGACCGCAGCAAGCUCUGCCGCCUCUCGCAGGGCUGCGGGCCGCCGGGCCCCGCCGCCCUCGGCCUCCUCCUGGCCCCCGAGGAGAUGCCGCCCGCCGCCGCGCCGCCCGCCCGCCGCCACCACCUCCACCACCACCACCGCGCCUACGGCUCCCUGCUGCCCGCCGAGGCCGUGCCCAUCGUGGGCGGCAUCGACACGCUGGAGCUGCCCGGCGCCGUCGUGGGGGAGAUGGGGUUUAAUAACGAUCCUGGCCCGUCUCAUCAAUCCAGUCUUGAGAAGAUGAACCUCAAAGAAGAAAUAGUAGUGAAGGUGGUAGAGCCAGAAGAAAGCUCUGAGGACAUGGCGGUGGUUCCACCUAGCCAAGAACAGCUACCUUUUCUGGGGACAUCAGGUGGUGGUUCCUCUGGGAAAGUAAAAGCCAAAACAAAAGGCAGGUCCCAGGCAGACCAAAGUGAAAUAACUGAAGAGGACCUGGUGCAGAUUCAGCAGACCCAGAUGCAGGUGAUCCAGUCUGGCUUUGACAGUGUCAACCACAAUCUUCGGCUGCUGCAGCAAGGCAUGCAAGAUCUGAGUAACAGCCUCAGCAUCAUGGCGCAUACACUUGUUGCUAUCAAAAACGUCUAUGUGAAAAGCAACACUGGCCCAACGACGUACGCCACCGCCUCUACUCAGACCACAGCCGGGUACCUGAGCCCGGGCUCCCCCCAGGUCUCCCCUGCUGAGGACAGAGGUAGAACGCAGGUGGCUGGAAGCAGCAGCAGAAGCAGCAGCUGCAGCUCCAGCUCCAUGUCCCAGGAACCCGGUCCUUCCGAGUUUCCCAGGCCCCCCCUGAGAACCAUUAAGAAAGAACAUCCAAAUGGCUGCUACUACUUCUGUUUUGCAGAUGUGUAAAAACUUGAAUAUAUGUAAAGUGACUGUGGUGUUAGGUGCUGUUGUAUGUUCCGCUCCGGCCUCCGACUUCAAAGGAGCAAAGUGGACUUGCCUCCCAUGUUUUUCCCAGUGGGAAACAUUUCACUAUAGGUGGCAUUAAACACUAAUUACCGGUC